AAUAACGAAUUCGAGAGUCAGUCGGAUUCUCGUCUCGGUUCUGUACGGAGUAUCUGUCGCCCCCUGCCGGCCGCAGCACCAAUCUGCGUCUUUCUUUUAUUUUUCACUCCGCUUCUCGCAGUUUAAAAUGGCGGCGUUGAGCAGCGCCGAGUCCCCACCGCCCGUCUUUAAUGGAGACGCCACAGAGCUGGAGCCGGGCAGGGACCGCGGCCUGGAGGAGCUGGGCACGGGCUUGGACUCUUCGUGCUCGUCGGGGAUUCCCGGAGGUCCCCAGGAUGAGGAGAUCUGGAACAUCAAACAGAUGAUCAAGCUGACACAGGAACACUUAGAGGCUCUACUGGAGAAGUUUGGAGGAGAACACAAUCCUCCCUCCAUAUAUUUGGAGGCCUAUGAGGAGUACACCAGUAAACUGGAUGCCUUGCAGCAGAGGGAGCAACAGCUGCUGGAGGCCAUGGGAAACACUACAGACUUCUGCACCUCCUCUCCAACACCAGGCCUGCUGGAGGUCAAGAUGGGAGGUUGUGGAGCUGGAGGAGCUCAAGCCUUUCCCUCUGCCCCUAGCACGUUAGCCGUCCUCCAGACCCCCACAGAUGCUGGUCGAGCCAACCCCCGCUCCCCUCAGAAGCCCAUCGUCAGGGUCUUCUUACCCAAUAAGCAGAGAACUGUGGUCCCAGCCCGCUGUGGGAUGACUGUGAGGGACUCCCUGAAGAAGGCUCUGAUGAUGAGAGGACUGAUCCCAGAGUGCUGUGCUGUCUACAGAAUACAGGAUGGAGAGAAGAAGCCGAUUGACUGGGACACAGACAUCUCCUGGCUGACGGGAGAGGAGCUCCACGUGGAGGUGCUCGAGAACGUGCCCCUUACCACGCAUAACUUUGUAAGGAAGACCUUCUUCACGCUGGCCUUCUGUGAUUUCUGCAGAAAGCUGCUGUUCCAGGGUUUCCGCUGUCAGACCUGUGGCUACAAGUUUCACCAGCGCUGCAGCACAGAGGUUCCACUCAUGUGUGUCAACUACGACCAGCUAGACUUGUUGCUUGUCUCAAAGUUCUUUGAGCAUCACCCGUUCAGCCAGGAGGAGGUGUCCUCAGAAGGAACCACCCCCGUGUCUGAGGUCUGUCCGUCCCUCCCUCCAUCUGACUCUAUUGGGUCUAUGUGCCAUACCACUGUGUCCCCGUCCAAGUCCAUCCCCAUUCCAGCUAGUUUCAGGCCCAACGAGGAGGACCACCGCAACCAGUUUGGCCAGCGGGACCGUUCGUCCUCUGCCCCCAACGUCCAUAUCAACACAAUUGAGCCUGUCAACAUUGAUGACCUUAUUCGAGAUCAGGGCUUGCAGAGGUCUGAUGGAGCCCCCCUGACCCAUCCCGCCUGCUGCUUGAGGAAGAACCGAACACGGACCUCAAGCCCCCUCCUAUACCCCAAUGAAAUAGUGUUUGACUUUGAACCUGAGCCCCUUUUCCGAGGAUCCACCACAGGGCUGUCGGCCACACCCCCCGCCUCUCUACCCGGCUCCCUGACCAACGUCAAAGUCCCGCAGAAGUCUCCGUGUCAGCAGAGGGAGCGCAAGUCAUCCUCAUCGUCCGAAGACCGCAAUAAAAUGAAAACACUGGGGAGAAGAGACUCCAGUGAUGACUGGGAAAUCCCUGAGGGCCAAAUCACCCUGGGUCAGAGGAUAGGCUCGGGGUCCUUUGGAACUGUGUUCAAAGGGAAGUGGCACGGUGAUGUGGCCGUGAAGAUGCUGAACGUCACUGCUCCCACACCACAACAGCUUCAGGCUUUCAAGAAUGAAGUGGGAGUCCUCAGGAAAACACGUCACGUCAAUAUCCUGCUGUUUAUGGGCUACACCACCAAGCCCCAGCUGGCCAUUGUGACCCAGUGGUGUGAAGGCUCCAGUCUUUACCACCACCUGCACAUCAUUGAGACCAAGUUUGAGAUGAUCAAGCUGAUUGACAUCGCACGGCAGACCGCUCAGGGCAUGGAUUACCUGCAUGCCAAAUCAAUCAUCCAUAGAGACCUGAAGAGCAACAAUAUUUUCCUCCAUGAGGAUCUGACGGUAAAGAUUGGUGACUUUGGACUGGCAACAGUCAAGUCUCGCUGGAGUGGCUCCCACCAGUUUGAACAACUGUCUGGAUCAAUACUUUGGAUGGCUCCAGAGGUGAUCCGGUUGCAAGACAAGAAUCCCUACAGCUUCCAGUCAGAUGUCUACGCUUUUGGGAUUGUUCUUUACGAGCUGAUGUCAGGAGCUCUGCCCUACUCUAACAUCAAUAACAGAGAUCAGAUUAUAUUCAUGGUGGGGCGAGGUUACCUAUCUCCUGACCUCAGCAAGGUGCGCAGCAACUGUCCAAAGGCCAUGAAGAGACUGAUGGCUGAUUGUCUGAAGAAGAAACGAGAAGAGCGACCUCUCUUCCCCCAGAUCUUGGCCUCCAUUGAGCUGCUGGCUCGCUCUUUACCUAAAAUCCACCGCAGCGCCUCGGAGCCUUCAUUAAAUCGUGCCGGGUUCCAGACAGAGGACUUCAGUUUGUAUGCCUGCGCCUCACCUAAAACCCCCAUCCAGGCUGGAGGCUACGGAGAAUUUUCUGCGUUUAAGUAACUCAAACCCGUCUGACCCUUCACUUCCCAAACAUGGAAUACAUUUUUACUGGUAAGAACUCCCACAAGGUGGGAAAGAGUGUGUCGUUUUCUUCCCUCGCCACCCUGAAGAAAACAUCACCUCAUCAGGUCCGGUCCUCUAGAACGAUGACCACAACACCCAAAACAGAACCAGAAACGGGACCAAAAAACACAAAAUACACAAAAGGAUGUGCAUGAAAACGGCGUGGAGAGGGAAUCUCAAGGACUGGACCAUCCACUGAAGGGAAAACCAGAGGCUGGGUUCUGAACCGGGCCACUGAACUGCACUUUGAGCAAUGCCAGAACCGGGCCUGUGGAAGAGGUCUCCUGAGAUGAGCUGAAGGUCACUCAGCAGGACUUCCUCCUGAAGGACAAAGACUUGAAGGAUUAUUUUGUUUAGUUUUUGUUUCUCACCUUUCAGACUUUUGUCAUCUUUUUGUCCCGAGUGUGUUCUGACGACCCGUUUUGAGGAAGGUUUUCUUUCUGCUCACACCUUCGUUUGGGCUCUUUGAACUCGGUUCUAUGAAGGUCUGUUGGUUUGUUUUGUCUCCAGCAUUAAAAGAAUCACAGUGGUGUUCCUACUCAAGCCUGAUGAAAGGAUCCCAGACUCAGGCCUGAUUAAUGGAUCCCAGACUAUUCCAGAAGUUGAUCUUUUGGUAGGUUUGCUGUUGGAGAUUUGUGUUUGGAGUUGUGUUUUCUGAGAGGAUUCAGGUAGUUUUAUCUAAAUGCAUUAAAAGCUCUCAUUCUGCUGUUGUUUUGGAGAGUUUAGAGGACAGGUUAUUUUGGUUUUGAUAGCGGAGAGCAGUUUAUUUCUUCGUUUUGGACACAUUAAGCUACAGUUUGUGUGCAGUGUGUCUGUGGGAGAUUCUGAGCUUCCCUGUUGUUCCACAGUUUUUCCUUAGCUUCCCGUUUGUUUCUGUGGAUGUUGGGCCCGUUUAGUUCAGAACCCUACUGGACCACUCUGUUACCUGCUGAAUGGACCAGCUAGUCUUCAUACUGUUUGCCUUCUUUUCUACAGGCAGGCCUGCAGAUCUGUAUUUAUGUGAUAAUUUGGUUUUAUUUUGUACUUUAUUGGAAACUCUUUCUGUUGACACUCGUUUUAGUGACUCAUGUACUUGCACUUUGUUGAGAAGGAUCAAAGUGAUUUUUAUUUGUUUGGUUGGUGAUCCGGUUGCGUCUGUACCCAUCCUGCUGUGAUGGCUCUGGACGAUAGUGGACCGGUGGAUACCUCUAACCACCCAUCAUGUUCUUCUACACUAACAGCCUCCUGGUUACCGAGGAGGUUCACCACAUCAGACGGAUCUCCUAAACAAACGUGACUUUUACACAAGCUACACGGGCUGGGUUUGUUACCAGAACUUCUGCUGUUACUGACCAAAGGACCCCACUGGUCAUGGGUGUAAAGUGAUGAAGACCAGCUGAGAUCAGAGCUCAGUGAUGAAGUGACCCAGAUGGAGCGAUCUGAUUGGAUGUUGUGGCUUUAUCGGCUAGCUCCAACAAAGGACCUUAACUGUUUCUUUCAAAUGUUCUGUUUGGUUUUAUUUUAAUGUUUUAAAUCUCUGUAGGAGAAAUGCAUCACAGCAGCUGUUACAGAACCAAAUAAUGGACUUUUAGGUUUAGUCAGAAUCAAGUCAAAUUCCAAGUUCAAUUUGAAGGUUUUUUUUUUCAUCAUAGAAAUUUUUUUAGUUUUUAUUUUAUUUAUUUUUUACUGCGAAGCCAGGCGGGAACUAUUAAAACAAUUAAGGACCUAAAGUUAGAUAUAACACUCACAAUAUUAACACUGAGAUGGGCGAUGGUCUCUGGAUGCUGACCAGUGUUACCUCUGCUCCCACACCUGCUUCUUCAAGAAGCUGAUAAACCAUCCGUUUGUUUCCUUUCAUGUCUAAUAAAUGAUGUGAAAUAAUUAGUUUUUCACCUUUAGUUAAUUUUAUGCAUUCUUUUCAAAGAUUUACACCAAACAUCUUGCAUCAAAAUACAGACUGGGUGAGUUUAGGAUCCCUGGCUAAUGUCCCUAAAAGUUUUAAAAAUAUUCUAAAAUGAGAGCUGCAAAACCGACUCCGUGUCUUUGUGGGCCGUCUUGGUUCUAGGAGUCCGAAAGUGGAGGAACGUGAGAUGACUUUCGGAGGAGUCGAACUGAGAAUGACACAUCGAGACAAAGUUAAAGCGCUACGUUGCAUCAUUACUCCUUUUGACCUGAUCAGCUGUAAACCCGAUUCAGUGAGAAACAAACUUUUCUUCUAAUUUUGUGUCACCAACAUGCCAGCGAGGGCCCGGGUUCCCGCCUGCUGAUGUGACUGUUGCUAACUACGUCAGUAGUCCCUUGGCAGAUGUUGUCUCUGUUCUAAUUCAAAGACCAUGAGACAGUUGUUGGUGUGUUCAUGAAGGGGUGGUCUAUUUCAUAGAGGGGUUCUAACUACUAACCCAUAUGAACACAAACCAACUGGUGCAGGUAGGGUAAAGGACCUGGAUUCAGCCCUAACAAAUGGCUAACAGCAUAGACCUGGAAAUCACUUGUCCAUUCAUUCAUUCAUUCAUUAGGACUUGCUUCUAGCAUCAGCUUCGGUCUAAACUGUUAGAUUUCUGUCACCUUCCAGACCCAAAUAGAGCCUCGUCAUGAUGGAGGCUUCACUCAUAGCUGCAACAACAACCCUUUAACUUUUAAUGUGCAAGAGUUUUAAAUUAAAAUGGAAAACACACACAGGUGUGUAGGAAAUGUUUCAGAUCAGCUGCUUCAUUCUGAGAAUGAAGACAAUAAUGAAGGUCUGGCCUGUCUUUAUUUAACUAUUCAAUUACUUGGUGUCUAAGAAACCAGACAAACUUGUUGAACAUGGUUGUUCCCUUUGGCGAGUCUCGUGGAUGAUUGCAUCUAGCGAUGCGAGUCUUAGGCCAGUGAACUAAAAUCAGGAAAGGUGUCGUUUCACACUCGGACCGGUCUGCUCUGAGGUAGACUCGGCGCGAAGGGACCCGAGGAUCUCAGUGGAACUCCUGAAGGUUCCACGUGCAGGUUGGGCUCUAACCCGGAUUCCUGCCCUGUGCUGAUCCAGAACCAGCCUUAAUUAAAAACGCUUCUUUCUCUGUGACUCUGUCAUGCCACAUCUGAAUCAGGGAAACUUUAGAUGAAGAUUUAGACUCUGUGAGGAACUAAGCUGCUUUGAGGAGAGCAGAAGGUGCUGAACUGAUACUAAGUAUUACAGAAAUCCAUCUGCUGUGACCUCAAAUCUGACCAAUAUUUAUCCUCGUUGAUUCUUUUCCCCACACUGGAUGUGGCGUUGCUGUGCUCUGUCUGAUACAAAGAAUAAACAGUACCAUUUGUUCUGGUCCAGAGUCCCAAAGAGGCUCCAGUCUUCAUUAUUUAACAGCGUCUGCUGAUGAAGACCCUAAAAUUCUGAUUUCCUGCUUGCUGGGUCAGGAUCCAGACAGACUCACUUUAAAUGCAGAUGUUGACCGUUGUCUUCAGAACUGGGCUCAGUUUUCGGCUCACAGAGGAAGCUGGUAAUGACUUUCAGAGUGUUGGAUAUAAUUUCUCUAAAAACUUUUGAUUUUCUGAGAGUAACUGUUUAGGCUUCACGCUCCUCCGAUCCCAUCCUGUCCAUCCUUGUGUUUGUUUUCAAGGAUCAAACCCCCGUCCUUGCCUGCACCUUAAACCCGAUGGUUCCUUUUGACUUAAUUUUUCUUUGUUCACCUGUAAAUAGUUGUACAAAUAAAAUCUUGUCAGCUUGCUCGGAGGCAUGGAGACUACAAAUGUAACAAAUUCCACGAUGCUUAAAAUAAAGGCGUUUUGAUGACAGAACUGGUUUAGUGUAAAAAUAUUUAUGGCUGUAUCAUAAGGAGAAAGCUUAAUGUAUUUGUUGUGAAUAUGAGAAACUGAUAUAUUAAAGAAGUGCAUGAAAAGUG